UAGUGCAUCUUCUUUCUGGUCUUUCUAAUAUAUCGGGGAAAAUCGGAGACGACACGAGUCGUAAGAUUCAAAUAAUGUUAACGAGGAGUUCUGAAGAUUGUCGAAAAUCUGUCUGCGAAUGCAACAAGCGAAUGCAUUAUUGGAGCAAGCGACUUGACCUGAGAAGAAGUGGAUCAGAAGCACGGAUGCGUUACGAGUGCUCCACGAUUAAUACGAAUACUCGGCAGAUGCCUCGGCAUGUCUCGGAAAGCAACGUCUAAAAUUCUAUUUACCAUAUGCUAGUGAUCGCGCGAUCAGGCAACAGCACGAAACAAGUUUUGACGGCUAUCGGUCGACCUGCUGGAGUAACAAUGACACGCGCGUCUCACGCGCGAGCAAACCCGCCGACGGGUAUCCGUGAAGCCGAGCAGUCGGUCGGACGGGAGCCCCGGCUCUACAUCUGAGGUACGAUUCGGCUACGAGGAUCCCCCCGAGCGAUCUAACCGAUCGUAAUGCACAGUCGAUCGUGCUCGGGGGGAGAGGAGAGAGGCGUGUAUCCGCUAGGUUUUUCCGAUGAAAGGCGUUUCCGGAAACGGUAGAUUCCUUUUCGAGACAAUCAACGAUCUCGGAGCAACACGGAUGAUUGAAAUUCUCUCGAUCUUCGUGAAUGAUAACGAGUGAUUAGUAGUAAGACGUACGACACGUUAUUAUAUCAUCAAUAACUCGAUCUACGAGACACAAUCGGUGAGCCUAUUAACGAGGCGAUCGAGAGAUAACUACAACUUUAUAGUCCUCUAGAGAAAAGUAAAAAUAAUUAAUCUUAGCGACGCUAAUUAGUCGCAUUCCAAUUCUAUUAAAUCAAGAGAGACACGAUUGAGAUCGACAUCGACGGGCGAAAAGACGAGAACAAGAUAAUGCAGAAGAUAGCGGUGAUGGCCGCGGUGCAAAAGGCCCACGGCUAUCAUAACGGCAGCAACGCUUACGGGGAUGCAAGUAACGCCCCACCGGAGUAUAACGGCUCCUCGUCAACCAGCAAAAGCGGUCGCUUCGACGCGGAUCUGCACGGCAAUGUUAACAUCCUUCUUGGUGGCGCCAUGAUCAGCGGUGUGAUCAUGAUGGUGGUGCUCAUAUGCUAUUGCUGUCACAAAAACGUCCGGAAGCAUCGACCGCAAGAAUACUCGCAGUACUGGAGAGCCGAACCGGACAUUCAUAGUCUAGAAGUCUUCACCAUGGAUACACACUGCAUCGAGAGAUCGGUAACCUCUCAGACCCAUCAGGAAGAGGGAAUGACCGUGUCUCUUCCGCCGUGUUCUAUGACCUCAGGCCCGCCACCGGCCUACGAGAGCCUCAUCUUCGACCCUCGGGCACUGCCCUCGCCGACCGACAAGAAGGACGAGUCUGACGAUCCAGGCAAUAUUAUCUCACCCCCGAUAAGCAGCUUGCCCACCGAGUCGGAGGCCAACAGGAUCAACAAACGGGAGGAUAUCCCGAGGGACGAUCAGGGUUUACCUUCCUACGAAGCCGCCCUAAAAUUAGAAGCUGACGGCUACGUUUAAGAAACGAAUAAGGGAAUUCGCCGGAACUACUUCGAUCGCGGAUCUCCAACCGUGAAAAUUUCCAGAGCUCUUAGAUAAAACGCCAAGUCAUGGAUAUCAAAGAAAAAUUCCAUAAUCGACAAGGUGACUCAGUCGGCUGUACGCGGUCGGCUGAAAUUAAGUCUCGCGAAAGCAUCUGUGAGAGAAUGGCGCAAGGAACUGAGAUUGAUUUUUAAUCGAGGAAAUGGAAGAAGAAAGAAGAGAUAGAUGACUGAGCAAAUUUUCCAUGUAGAUUUGUGAAUCAAAGACAAGUUGCGAAAGAAAUUUCAAGCGCAAUUUUUAGAAAGGAACUAUUUUCAUCUGCGUGUGAAUUAAAACGCACGAAAGUACAGAAUAAUUUUAAUCAAAGAGAUGUAAAAAAA